CAUAGAUGAUGGUAGAAUGACGAGAAUGACACCUUGAUGCUCUUCAUCCAACAACUAUCCGGUUUUAUAAAGGGAUUACGAGCUAACAAGGACGAUGAGAGGAAAUUUAUAGAAAGCGUUUUAGAUGAGAUAAAGGUAGAGAUUAGGAAUUCUGAUAUCGAUAUCAAAUCAACCGCAAUCUUGAAAUUGACCUAUAUUGAAAUGCUUGGAUUCGAUAUCUCCUGGUCCGCUUUCCCUAUCAUAGAAACUGCAUCAUCAUCGAAAGCACACCUGAAAGCAAUCGGUUAUUUAGCAGCCAAUCAGUCUUUCAAUAGCCAAACUGAAGUUAUGAUGCUCAUGCCAAACUUACUUAAGAAAGAUCUUCAAUCUGAGCCCGGACUAGCAUUAACGUCAUUUACGAGUAUAGCAACCCCUGAGUUAUCCGUCGACUUGGCUAGCGAUAUAAGUAGACUUACCACACAUACAAAACCAUCAGUACGUCAAAAAUCCGUCGCUGCUAUUCUCAAAUCAAUCACUUUAACAAAUGAUUUCGAAUUGGCCGAUUUCAAAAAACGCCUUAGAGAGAGAUUAAACGAUCAGGAUCCGGGAGUCAUAGUGGCAACCGUAUCGGCGAUAACAGAAUUAGCAACUAGCUACCCAACUCAAUGUCUCCAUUUCGCUCCCUCGUUAUACCGCUUACUGACAUCAUCGACAAACAAUUGGCUUGUUAUCAAAGUACUCAAGUUGUUCGCUACUCUUUUACCAUAUGAGCCACGUCUACAGAGGAAGCUAUUCAGUCCGAUAAAUGAACUGAUCGAAAAUACUACUGCAGUUAGUGUUCUUUAUGAAUGCGUCCUGACCUGCAUCAUCGGUGGAAUGUUAUCAACUGGUGACCUAGCUGAGAAGUGCCUCGAGAAACUUACCCAAUUUCUGGAUGAGGAGGAUCAGAAUCUUAAGUAUGUCUCGCUAUUAGCAAUUGCCCAGAUGGUACCCCAUCAUGCCCACCUGCUUUAUGAACAUGAAGACGCACUGUUGAGCACACUUGAUGAUGUCGACACUCUGAUUCGCCUUCGCGGUCUUGAAAUACUAAGUGCGAUAGUAACGAAGAGCAACGUGGAACGGGUAAUGAACAAACUUUUUGAGCAACUCUUACCAACACAAACGAGUGCGAAGGAUGCCUUAACCGGUGGCACGAAGUCCACACCAAAAAACUACAUUCGCCAACUCGCGCAGGAGAUAAUAAAGAUUUGCAAAAAAGACCAUUAUACCAACAUACCAUCGUUUAGUUGGCUUAUUAAUGUUAUUAUGCAACUUGCAAAAGUUGUACCACCGUCGAGAGGUUCUGAAGGUAUCGAUGAAUUGGGUGAGGAAUUUUCACAACUUUUGGUUGAUAUUGCCGUAAAUUAUCCACAAACACGCCAAUACGCUACGAAUGUAAUGCAGGAUAUGCUAGUUGAAUAUGUCGAAACAGAUAUACCAGUUAGUAUGGUUUCUGAUUUACUUCCUGCUGCUGUAUAUAUUACUGGUGAAUAUGCUAUGCAAGUAACGUCUUCUCAGUUUCUAGAAGCCGCUCAACCUACAAUACAGCAAUUGAUACAUCCUAAAUUCCUUGAAACAUCUCAUUUCGUGAUGGGUUUGACAGUCAUUUCCAUUGCUCGAGUGUAUGGUAUACAUGCAAUGCUUGUUGCAAAUGGCUGGGAAGAUGAUAUUAGGGAUCGUCAGACGAAAUUGACCGAAUUGACAAACUUGACGAGUGAAACAAGAGAUGGAAUUAUUGCAUACACUACGAUCGCAGAUGUAGAAGUAAAGGAGCGCGCAAGACAAUUGCUCAAUCUCCUCAAUGUCGUUUAUGGUGAUCUUAUAAAAGAUCAAGAUAGCAACGAAUGUCCGAAAUCACUAUACCUCGUUAGUAGCAUUUAUUUCAACAAAGCAUUAGAAGUGAAAGAGGACGAAGAGAUGGUGAAAUUUGAUCUCAACGUGCCACUUUUUGUCAAUAUCGAUGAAGAAUCCUACACAGAUGACGAACCAGAAAUACAACCACAGGAGAAUAAAGAGGAGCGCCGUCACAGUACAAAGCUACGUCAAGAAACACCAGAAGAGAGGGCUGAAAGAAAGAGACGUAAAGCUGCACUCAAAGCUGAACGAGAUGCCAACCCAUAUUAUAUAAAAUCCAAGAAAGAUAAAGGAACAGAUUCGGAUGACUUAGACGAUGUCCCAGUUGUGAACCUUGAUAUUGAUGAGAAUGCCAGUAGUGGUAACAGUACACCACUCUUCUACCCUAAAACUUCAAGUGGGACGUCAUCACUCAAAUCAGCCAGCACGCAAAAUCUCGAACCAACAGCAAUUGAGAGUGGAAGUAUUAGCAAAGUCGUAAAGAAAAAAUCUAGGAGUAGAAAAGUAUAAUACGUGCAUUGUUCAUUAAAUAGAAUGUUUUCCUUCGCUUCUUUUUUGUUGUAAUUACAUCAAUUGUUAAAAUCGAUUGGUUUGAAUGUAGCCUCAAUCUUUAUUCUACCACAUUUAACGUUAGAUAAGUUGAACCAGUCAAUUUGUCUCUCCUUAGCAGUAAGCAAGUCAGUCAAGCUUACUGUUACUGUACCAAGUGAAGUAUUGGUUGCGAAAUCCUUGUCAUCAAAUACUUCAACAGAUACCAUACUUUUGUUCUUAUUCUUGACGAGGUAUUCUUUGUUAUUACCCCAAUUUGGAUUUUUGGUUUGCUUCAUUGUCUGUGUCUUGUGUAUUUGCUUUUUACCGACUCUGAGAACUGCAUAUGGAGAUAUGUUUCCAUUAAAGAUUGACCCACUGCUAUCGAGAUCUUGCGCCUGUGUUAUUGAAACUCUAACAACACCACUUGGAAGAUCUGGUGGAGGGAUGACAUUUCCUUCCUCAUCCUUCGAUGGUUCAAGGACGGGGAAGAAGUGAAUACCAUAGUCGAGCAAACCAUGUUCCUUUCCAUCGUAGAUAAUCUUGGCAUUUGAGUCCUUGCUAUUUCUCUCCUCAUUAAGUGUUGCGAGAUCGAAUGAUGCCAUACCGAUAUCACUGUCUUUCCUAUGAUCAUUGAAAUCCAUGACGUUCAUAAUAAGCAUGUCAUUCAAGUUUGUCAGCAAAAGGUACUUGACUUCAUUCCAGCUUGGCUCAGAUGCAUUCUGUAUUGUUGCGGUUCUGUCAAUAUCAACGUUAGCGCCAAUGUUGAAUGAAACAUAUGGAUCUGGUUUUCCACCGCCAAGUUUAGAUGUCUUGAGGUGACGAGCUGAGUUAAUUUCAACCUUGAUCACACCGACAGCGGCAUCCAUUGGUGUUCCAGCGAGAAUUUCCUUGAUGUUGAGAGUGAAUUCGUUUGGAUGGUACAUCAUUGGUCCCAUAUUAGAGUGUACUUGGCCUGUAAUGAACGCACUCAAUCCUGGAAUCUAUUUGGUGCUGUAUUAACCAACAUCAAAUCCAAAGGUAUCACCACCGAUAGGUUUCAAUAC